AUGAACGGCGCAGCCCCAAGCGAUACAGCCCUGGCCGUGGGCGUGCAGGCGCGUGCUGGUCUCGCUAGAGCGAAACCAAGGACACUAGAAGAAUAUAGCAGCAGCAGCAGCAGCGGCGGUGGCGGUGGCGGCGGUGGCGUCGACGGUGGUGGUGACGACGGCGGUAGCGAGUGGCGGCAGCUAGGCAGAGGAAUCGAAUCAUCGUGGCGUCGGGCGGCGGUAUCGAGCAGAGAGUCAAAUCAUCGUGGCAGCGUCGGCGACGGCAGCGGUGGCGGUGACGGCGGCGAUAGGUCCCCUUCACCCCGACCCACGUUUGUCUACGUAAUCGAACAUCCCUAG